AUGGUUGGGGCGAAAACCCCGUGGCCGGCCCUUUCAGGGAUUCCCGAGGCGACAAACUCACUAAACCAGAAUUUUCUCACCUGCGUACUGAACCUCCACGUCGACGCGAAAUCGUUCAUUUCGCACAACGAACAAGCCGGAAAACAGCUCCCGAAGCCUGUCAUCGAGAAUGCUCAUCUAGGCCCUGAACUGGCCUCGAUCAAGCAGACCCUUCAGAACGUCCAGCAACACACCCAUAGCACUCAGUCAAGCAUUCGGAACCAGAGCCACAAAUCCUGGGCCUCUGUAGUCAAGAAUGCGCCUCCUCCAGCCCAUACGAUCUCCUCCCACGGCUCCUCCAGCACCGCCCCGGCCACCCCGUCAGAGCCCAGCAAGGACCGCGAAGUGAUCGUCAAACUGCGAGAUGUUGGUGCCCAGAAGACCUACCGAAAGAAGUCAUCAGCAGAGAUAAAGGAUAAGGCAGCGAAUGCGAGAAAAAGGGCUGCAGCAGCGAUCCCGGCGCUCUCCCUGGCGAGGGCCCGAUUCGUCUCCGCCAGGCAGCUGUGCUUGGGGGACCUCAGCCUGGCCUUACGCACUGCCGCGGAGGCCGAGACUGCCAGGAUCUACGAUAAAUGGGCGGAUUUCAUGUCAAGCGGGGCCACCCUGCGGCGUCCUACGUGGGGCGUGGUAGUCCAUGGCAUUCCGAUCAAGUCAAUCCAGGACCUGAGCGAUCAGGGCGAACAGGACCGAGUAGCCAGAGAGCUACUCGACGAAAACAGAGAAGUUUGGAGCCGGAAACCCGAUAUCAAGCGCGUGGCCUGGCUUAGCCAUCUUUCCAAUCACAAGAACCGGAAAUCCUCCGCUCUCACUGUCGAAUUCUCUGACCCGAGUCAUGCAAACGAGGCAAUCAUGAAAGGGACUAUUUGGGCUAGCGAUAGCCGGAUUACCGUUCUAUACGAUAGGAACGCGCGGAUUCGGCGAUGCUUCAAAUGUCAGCAAUAUGGACAUAUAGAAAUCGUUUGUUCGAAUAAAACAACCUGCGGCCUCUGUACCGAGGGCCACGAGACCCGGUCCUGCGUACAGAGGUCCGCCACCGGUGGCCAGGGGCGCAAAUGCGGCGAAGCGCACGCCGCCUGGUCGAGAGCUUGUACGAGCCGGCCAACGGAGCGGAAUCGCUCUACAGUAAGGUUUCAAGAAGGAUCUACACCGCCGCAUAGCUCGCAGGAGCUUGUCUCUGUGCAGCAAGAAGAGGCCCUGAUAGACCUAAACCCGGAAAUGGACGUAGACCCUAUCCCGUCCGAGUCAGAACCGUCGCUUGCCCAGCAAAUCGACACGAUCAGCGAACCGGAGACGCCCGCACCAGUGACCCCUGCCCCCAGGGGUCGCACUCUGAGCAAGAGGCGCCCUCGCAGCGUCAUCUCCUCGGAAGCAACGAGGCGGAGCGCUAGACACCAGGUAGCGCAGGAAGCCGUCGGCCUUGCCAGUUCGCCUGCUACAGGGGACACCCCUCCAGCGAAGAGGACCCGAAGCAAGCAGCCAAUCUACCGAGAACGAUCAGUAACGGCUAGCGAUAUUACUAGCGAUAGUUAA